AUGAAGCGCAAGUUUGGCGACUUCUCCUCACCACCCCCACCAUCCGACAACAAGCCCGAACAACAAGCUCCCGCUCACCUUGAAGCUCAAGCGAGCGACUCAGCAAAGAGGCAGGCCAUAAGAGCCACCACACCUCCCGUCAUUGCUGCAGCUAGAACCAGACGGCAAGCAGUCAUGGCCGACAGCGCAGUCUUCACGGACCAGAGCAUCCCGCUCAACGCGGUCGAGGCCCAGCUCAAAGGUCUCCUCGUCGACGUCGCCGAGUACAUCAACAAGUCCCAAGAAGCCGCCGAAGCAGAGAAGGAGGGCAAGAACGUCAACGAGCCGGUCAUCCUGCGCUGGGCGGGCGGCUGGGUCCGCGACAAGCUUCUCGGGACCGAAAGCCACGACAUCGACGUGGCCAUCAACAACAUGACGGGCGAGGCCUUCGCCCUGCGCCUGCGCGACUACUGCGACGCCGACCCGGCCCAUCGGGAGCGCCACUCCAUCGGUCCCGCCGACGUGGGCAACCUGCACAAGAUCGCGCGCAACCCGGACAAGAGCAAGCAUCUGGAGACGACCACCAUCAAGCUCUUUGGGUUGGACGUCGACUUUGUCAACCUGCGCAAGGAGACGUAUACUGAGGACAGCAGGAACCCGCAAGUCGAAUUCGGUACGGCCGAGGAGGACGCGCUGAGGAGAGAUGCGACGGUUAAUGCGCUGUUCUAUAAUUUGCACACCGGCAAGGUGGAGGAUUUUACGGGCGGUAUGAAGGAUAUGGAUAGGAACCUGAUCAGGACGCCGCUGGAGCCGCUUCAGACGUUCAUGGAUGAUCCGCUGAGGGUGCUGAGACUCAUCAGGUUUGCCAGCAGGCUCGGCUUCACGAUCGACGAGGAGGCGAAGGCAGUCAUGGGUGACGAGAGGGUGUUGGAAGCUCUCAAGCUGAAGAUUAGCAGAGAGCGAAUCGGUGUUGAGUUGGAGAAGAUGCUCAAAGGCCCCGACCCCCUCUCCUCCCUAACCUACAUCAACGACCUCUCCCUCUACCACACCCUCUUCACCGACUCCUCGCGACCCGACUUCCCACGCCCUCCGCUCACCUCCUGGCCCAUCGCCUACCAAACCCUCCACUCCCUCUCCACCACCCUCGCCACCCCAGGCUCCAUCUACUCCCUCCUCGUCACCUCUCCCGAAUCCGCCUACUUCGCCUGGAACCUAGCCGCCCUCGUCCCCUUUGCGCCUCUGCCCGACGACCCGCCCUUGAAGGGUGGCAAACCCGCCCCUCCGCUCGCCACCCAGGCCGCUCGCGAAGGGUAUCGUGCGCCGAACAAGCUCACGGACGUGAUUACCGCGUCGCACAGACACCGCCAGGCGAUCCUGGCUAUGCGCGACUUGGUCGUUCGUCCGGCUGCUGGCGAUGAGGGGAAGAAGAUGGAGAGGGACAGGCUGGGAAUGGCUAUCCGCGGAUGGGAUUCGAGACCGGGCGUGGGCGCGAACUGGCGGUUGCAGGUGUUGUAUGCUGUGCUUGUUGAUGUUGCUGAGAGAACUACUGGUGAAGAAGGUAAAGAGACGGUGGAGGACGUGUUAAAGGAGUGGCAGGCCUUUUUGGAUCAUCUGGUGGAGAUGGACCUGAUGGAUGCGCCGAGCGUGAAGCGGAUCAUUGAUGGUAAGCAGCUGGCGGCAGCGUUGGGGGUGAAGCCGGGGAAGUGGAUGGGGCAGGCGCUGGAGGUGGUGAUGGCGUGGCAGUUGAGGAAUCCGACGGUUGGUGAUCCGGAGGGGGCGGUGGAGGAGGUUAGGAAGAGGAAGGAGGAGUUGGGGAUUAAAUAA